AUGCGGACAAGGUACCAACCCCACUCCCAACGACAUGUGGGACAUCUGAUGUCUGAGGUUAACCGUCUCAUCACUUCAUCAUUGGCACCAAGUACAUGGCGCACUUAUCAGGCGGGCAAAACAGCGUUUGAUCAAUUCCGCGCUGCAUUUGGUUUACCGUCUCUUUGGCCUAUACCGUUGGACCAAUGGCUACAGUUUAUUGCUUAUUUAUCGGUGUCAGGUAGGUCGCCUGCCACAGCCAGGUCAUACGUAUCGGGGCUGGCAGCACUCCACAAAUUGCAUAAUAUGUGCGAUGUGUCACACCACUUCCUUGUUCAGAAAGCUCUUUCAGGUAUGUCUAGAUUGUCUCAUCGACAGGACACCCGACAACCAAUAACGACUCACCUUCUUGCAGAGAUCACUCGUGCCUUGCCUUUGGUCUGCAGCCAGUCCUACGAGGCAGCGCUGUUUGCCGCUGCAUAUUUGUUGACUUUCUUUGGUUUUUUCAGAGUGGGCGAGCUGGUAGCAGCCUCAGCAAGGGACAGCACUAACAGAGCUUGCCUGUUUUCAGAUAUAACCGUCGCAGGUGACUUAUCAGCUAUACAGGUACAUUUGCGGAGCUCCAAAACAGAUCAGGGUGGUCUGGGAGCAUACAUCACCAUCCAGGCAUUGCCGAACUCCCCAUUAUGUCCUGUCGCAGCAGUGCAGCGUUUCCGCUGCAUCAGACCUACUGGUACGGGGUAUUUUUUCACCCAUUUUGAUAGCUCCCCACUAACAAAAUUUCAGUUUCAGGCGGUGCUCAAAAAGGCUUUGGCGUCAAUCCCGGAGCCCAUUAACCCUAGUUUGUACUCCUCACAUUCAUUUCGCAUUGGGGCAGCCACCACAGCAGCAUUACAGGGCGUCAGUUCACAACAGAUCCAGGAACUGGGGCGUUGGAAGUCGGCGGCUUACCAGACAUACAUCCGCAUACCAUCCAUCCUAUGA